AGAACGUUGAGUUGCAAAAUGGCGCCACACAGGAAAAGUAUCAAAGCACUGCAAAGAUCAUCAAAUAGUACUUUAGAUAAGGAAAAUAAUUAUUUACGUUCUUUAAGUGAUUAUCAAGCACGAGUUCGAAGACGAGAAAGUAUCAGAAAUUAUAAAAAUGUAGCGUAUGAUUUAGAGCGAAAAAUUGAAUUAGAAAUUAAGAUAAAAGAAGGGUCCGCAAGGCUAUUGGCUGCAGCGCAGCAUCCUGCUCAAAGUUUGGAAGCAGCACGCGCAUUAUUUACCUCGAAUGAAAGAAUGUCUACCUACAUGACCGAAUUACAGCAUCGUGGAGAAAAUGCAUCGUUCAAAACGAAUUCAUCUGCAUGUACACGUAUGUAUUUCAGCAUUUCCGAGAGCAACGGAAAACUAUCCAUUUCAGAUUUUAGAUUUCCGCUGAUGUGGAGAGAUUCCGAUCAUUUUAAAAAUCGCGGCGAUUAUCGAAGAUUCGCCGUUUUCUGUUUGGCUCGCGUAGGCGCAGAAGUUCAAGAUACCAGUUUAUUGUAUCCCAUUGACAGAGAACAAACAGAUAUAAGCUUCCCUGACACUUUAUUAUUUAAUAAUGUAUCGGCCGAAUUCGAGUUGACUCUGGAAAUAUAUAGUCACGUACUUCAAGAAGAUCUAAGCAUUGCCAGUACUCCGAGGAAAAUAAGAAAGUCUAUUCAUUCUUCGAUAUCGAAAACCGUAGGCAGAAAACUGGGGGCGUCUUUACGCGACCAAAACGAUGCUACUAAAACACCGAAAUUCGAUCUACUCGCGUAUGCAAAGAUGACUCUCGACGAUACUGAUAACAAUGUACGUUCACACGAUUUAACGUUGAACAGUUUUGAUAACAAAGCUCAUGCUUUACCGCUUUUCGGACACUUUUGUUGCCGUUUAGCCGUUAAACCAAAUUUUAUCGAUAAACAAAUUUCUGCAGAAUUUGUAAUAAUAAAUAAUCAACGUUAUUGGACACAAUUGCGAAAUUUCCAGAUCGAAGCUUGGAAAUCGAAGAAACUAGCGGAGAAAUUAGAAAAACCAACGUAUACGAUCUGCGUGAAUCGGGAAACUCUUGUUCAGCGGUCAAAAUCGAUAAACAAUCGGUUACGGAUAACCAACCAGAUAGACGGCGUUGAAAAGCACGAUCUUAUGGAAUUAGAUUCAAAGGAGGAUUUACAACGAUGGUUCGAACAAUUGACAACGCGUAUCAUGGAGCAUUCUAAGUGGAAGCAUGCGGCGAUAAGCUUACAACAAAUUCCAUGUUCAGAGAAUUCGAACAAGCACGCAAACACAAGAAACUGCUUCGUUGACGACAAAAUGCGAGGAUCAAUCUACGACAACACAAUGUCAAUAGAUAAUACUUUUAAACAAAUGCAACGACUUUUUCGAUAAACGACAGGAUAUUUUACUAUUCCGAUUAAUUUUAAAUAUAUACAUUGUGUAAUUUACCAAACACUUAUCCUAUUAUUAUUAUUAUUAUUAUUAAUUACGGAUACUGCAAGAACUAUUAUAAGAACCAUAAAUAUUAUUGCCCUUUAAUAAGGAUUGUAUAUUUUAUAUGGAAUUUGUCUUUUGCAAUUCUGUGUCUUGGAAAUUUACACCAAUACAAUAAACAAAUUUAACAGGAAUCAAUAAGAA